AAGAAGAAGAAGAAGAAGAAAGAACUCAAUAUAUAUAUAUUAAUUAUGGAAGGAUUAGAAGAAGGGCUGCCACGAUCGAAAUUCAAGAGAAUAUGUGUAUUCUGUGGCAGCAGAACUGGCUACAGAUCUUCUUUCUCUGAUGCCGCUCUCCAGCUUGGCAAACAACUGGUUGACAGAAAGAUUGAUCUUGUUUAUGGUGGUGGCAGUGUAGGUUUGAUGGGCUUGGUCUCUCAAACUGUCUUUCUUGGCGGUUGCCAUGUUUUAGGAGUAAUUCCAAAAGCUCUAUUGGCAGAAGAGAUAUCUGGAAAAAGUGUUGGAGAAGUAAGAAUUGUGGCUGAUAUGCACCAAAGAAAAGCUGAAAUGGCCAGAAAUUCUGAUGCAUUCAUUGCACUUCCUGGUGGUUAUGGAACUAUGGAAGAAGUGUUAGAGAUCAUUGCUUGGGCUCAGUUGGGAAUUCAUGAUAAACCAGUGGGGGUGCUAAAUGUAGAUGGAUAUUACAAUAGCUUGAUUGAAUUGUUUGAGAAAGGAGUUGAAGAAGGUUUCAUUGAUGACUCAGCCAGGCAUAUUCUUGUCCUGGCUGACUCACCUGCCGAGUUGAUCAACAAAAUGGAGGAAUAUGCAGCAGUACAUGAAGGAGUGGCACCAAGACAAAGUUGGGAAGUGGACCAAUUGGCUGCAACUACUGCAAGUGGGGAUGUUCCAUUAUCUUAAUAUAUUUAUUUAAAUUAAAUAAUAUAUAUCUUGUACAAAUUUGUGUAUAAUAUAUUAUUAUUAUUAAAUACUACUAUAUAUUAUAUUAUAUUUUAAUUGGGUGAGCAAAACUGCAAAAAUGAACCAAUCUGUGUCUCUGAAGUGGGGUAGUUCAAAGAUCACCAUAUCUUAAUCAAUGAUUGGUAAUGUAUGUUUGUGGCUAUUUUUAUUAUAUUAUUUAUAGGUAAAAUGUAUCUUUGUGGUUU